AAUGAAUACAUCAAUGUCAGCAACCUUUUAGUGAGUUGUAGUUCCCUACGUUACUCCCUGCAUCUCCUACUAAUUCAGCAAAUCGCUCAGACCCUAUAUCCAAUCCAUGCUCAUCGAACAUCACAACCUAUAAACACAAGAUCCCAAAACAAGGAUAAAUCCCAACAAGAACUGUAUCUCCAAACCUCCAUAAACCAAAUCAAUAAUGAUACUAAUAAAAAGCAAAGUAAAAGUAAAACCAUGGAGGGUUUUCCAGACGAGUACCCAAUCAUCAGACCUGACAUGGUUCAUGACAGCCAUAUCUUCAUUAUCAGCCUGGUGUCACGACACGCGAGUUCGAGGGCCCAAGUCAAGGCCAUCGUGGCACAGGGCGGCAGCCACGACACCCACGGGCGAGCAAGCACAGGCACAGACACGGGCGCGUGCAGGAGCGGCCAAGGGCGUCCACAAUGCAUGCCAUGCCAGCAGCGAGAGGAGUGUCGACACGUGGAUAAUGCACGUGAUUAUGGUGUCGACACCUUUGCAGCGGACUGGAGCGGUCCAGAACUCUCUAGAAGCUGCUGGGCGCGCGGGAACAGUACCAGACAGGGGUCUGGAUGGGUUUGUUGGGCCAAGCCCGACCUGGGAUCUUCCUAGGGCCUUGUACAUAAUUCUAGGAUGGGUUGUUCUAGAAUAAUGUAGGCUUAGGAGGGAGAUAUAGAGAGUGAGCUGCUAAGUGAGUGAGUGCUAGAGGGGCUGUGUACUCAUGCUCUUGUACACUUCCUUGUGAUCUUAAUAAAUUCUCUUCUUCUCC